AUGGAUGCAGAAUCUAAAGCUUUUAUUGCAGCUAAAAACUCGAUCCGUCGGGAAUUGGGCCUGUCUGCAGAAUUUGCUUCUACUAAUUUCGCUUUGACAUCUACAAGUGAAUUUGCCCAUUCUGUUUGUUCUCUAAUUGAGGCGAUUCUCAUUCACGGCUUGCGUGAUGCUUUCUUCAUCAGGGGCAGUCGUUACUCAAAAAGACCUAUACCAAAUUUUUGGCCAUUUGUAUCAAAAUAUACUCAUCGAAGCAUAAAACAACAAAUAUAUGUCCUAAACCAGAUUAAAACUGAAGUCGGAAAAGCUAGGGCUUGGAUUCGUAUUGUUCUUAGCGAGCGUACCCUCGAGUCUUAUAUCAAUUUAUUUUCAAAAGAUGCUCAAAUCAAGGAUGCGGCAUAUAUUGAUAGCUUAAAUGUUUAUUUGCAAAAGAUUGACAAUCUGACAAUUGUUGCUCCAACAAAUUCAAAUUUACUAAAUAAUUGGACACCUAAUCCAUUGAUUCUUGCCGGACUUAUUCCAGGAAAAUUUACUAAUUGCUAUAGCCGGAUAGGUGAAGGCUCUGUUUCUAGUCCAUAUGCUAGCAGUUAUGCCGUUGCUAUCGACAAUUUAUUGGAAAAUUCGGCAGAUCAGAAUUCUCCAGAACAAGCAACUAAUGCAUUAGAUCUUUUAUUAACUCCUCCGGAUUCUAUGACCACAAUGGAAAGUAAUUUAGAUAAUUAUCCAAUUGCCAGUAUUUCUUCGAACGUUCUUCAACAUUCUCAAGUCGUUGAAUCCCCUCUAUGUUCAACUAAUAAAUUUGAAAAACAAAUCGGUGGAUAUGUUAAAGAAUGUAUAGUUGAUGAUAAUGAAUCAGUCAUUUCACAUCCCUCAAUGCUUUAUCAAUCUGAAGACGAACCUUUAUUUGAAAAACUACCAAAAACUCCAAAAACAUUUGCAGAUUGGAAAAGAUAUGGCGCUGCAGCAACUUCCCGACUUCGACGUCUUUCGCCUUCGUUAAUCGGUGCAGAUGUUGGGUGCGGUGCAGAAUUUGACACGGCGGUUGAAGGAGAUGAUGACGUUUUUUGUUUAGGAAAAAAUGCUGGACCUUCAGAAGAACAAUCCUCCGAAAGUCAUUCAAUCAAAAACAAUUCAACGUCUUCACUUCAAACUGCUUUUGAAUUUAAUUCUCAAAACACUGAGAAUAUGUUUACUGAUCUUACUGUUAAAGAUUCGCAAAUUAACUCAUCAAAUAACAAAAAACAACAAAAUACAAACAAUAAGACUAUAACAUUUUCAGCUUCACAAGGUACUGUAGGAAUAGAAAUGCCAAUUCCCACAAUUUUAAUACAACAACGAAUUUUACAGGAAAUGGAGUUUCCACCCCUUGGAUCAUCAUUACAAGAUGAAUUACUUCUUGCAGAAAGAAUGGAGCAAGAAGCUUCUAAAGAAGUUGAAGAAAGGGAUGAACUUCCUCCUUCUCAUCAAAUUAGUAUAACGUCAAAUACUUCAGAUAUUUUAAGGAAAAAUUCUUCACCUCCAACAUUGGAAAUGUUUAAUAUUACAGCAAUUGAUUCUACCGAUUCUUCGACUACAGAUUUACCUGCAACUUUUGAUGAAGCAUUGCGUGCAUUUCUUUCUCAAGGAGACAAAACAAACAAUCGAUUAUUUCAAUCAGAGUCUAAAAAGCGCCUUUUCUCCGAAUGUUCGUCAAGUACUGGUGAACUUAACAAAUUAUUGGGUGAUAGUCUAAAUAAUUUGAAUCAACAAAUACUUUCUCCACCUGUUCGUUCAUUAUCUUUACAAAGUUCAUCGACAAAUGUUCCUUUUCCAAAUGUUUUCAUCAAAAGUGGUAGCAGAAAGAGUAUUUCUCGGGAUUUUAUUGCAUCAUUGGCUCCAAUUAAAGAUAUACCACAUAUUCCCUUUCAAAGAGAUGGAAGCAAUUUUGAUGAAGAAGAGGAAGACGCAAAUGAGCUUAUCGAAAUUCAACCCUUCACCGAACAGAAUUCUAAUCCUAACAACUGCCAAUUCUCUAAUAUUACUACAACAUCUCUCCUAUCAACUCCUUAUAAAUUGCUAAAACGUUUUUAUCAUUUAAUUAAUAUACCCAAUGAAAAAGGCCUUGAUGCACAAAAUUUUCGUUGCAAAACUUGUUGUCGAAAUAUCGGUGUUGGUUUUGGACAAUUUAAAGAAUGUGCCUUAAAUGGUUAUUAUUAUUGUGAGGAUUGUUUUAAAAGUGGUGGUGAAAGUUUAAUUCCCUCUCGUGCAAUUUUAAAUGCUGAUUUUAAGCCAAGGAGUAUCAGUAAUGCUUCUCGUGUUUUACUUCAAUCUAUUAUGGAUCAACCAUUGUUUCGAGUUGAUUUUCUUAAUCCUUAUAUUUAUGAACACAGCAAAAAUAUACGAAAAAUUAGGGAUAUUCGCAAAAAACUUGGGUAUUCUGUAAUGUAUUUACUUUCUUGUAAAAAUUCUGUUGCAAAUGAUAUUAGACGCCGCCUUUGGCCUCAUAACCACCUUCAUUCUGAUAUUCAUGCAUAUUCUUUAAUGGAUUUGGAAUGUGUUGCAAAUGGCACGUUAGAGCGUCGAUUAAAUACUUUACUAACUUCAACUCUUUCACAUAUUUGGGAUUGUCCAUUGUGCCUUCAAAAGGUGUUUUUUUAA